AUGGAAAAGGAGCUGAUUAGCUUUUUAUUUCGUGGGUUUUUGAUCUUCGAGGGCAACACAGACUCAUUCACGGUCAAGCACAACUAUUUCGACCAGGCCAUAUCAGCCAGAUUCAUCAAGCUGCACACCUACACGUGGAAUAAUCACCCAAGCCUCCGUGUAGAACUGGUGGGAUGUCAGCCUUGCAAGCAGCUGAUUGGCAUUCCACCCUAUGCCCGCUUUGCUUCGUCCAGCUCCAAAGGCCAGCGUGCACAACGCUCUUGCACACCCGAAUAUGGCCAUUAUCUGAGCAACAAGGGAUGGUGCGCAAAAAGACAAGAUAGUGAGUCUACACGAUGUUCUGCCGUCCAGACCAGGCUGUCUGGAGCUUUUGCGGCUUCAACGCCAGAAAUCUGUUGUAGUGACCUAUUUAUUGGCAGACUUCCUUUUUUCCCUCGGUUCCCAUCACCCUUACGCUUUUUCUGUUCAAUUUACAUAUUUCUGUUAUUUCUUUGGAAUCUGUCAACAUGUCGCAUAUUCCACUUUAUUUCAGCCAAGCAAUGGCUUCAGAUCGACCUGGGCCCUCCAACUCAAGUGAAUGGAGUGAUAAUCAAAGGCAGAGGAGACGGUAAGCGGCCACAAUACGUGACCCGGUUCAAGAUGUCCUAUAGCAAUGAUUCUCGACUUUGGUACCUGUACAAAGACGCCGCACCUCUGGACCCUAGGGUAAGUCAUGUUCGUUGUCAUAACAAGACAGAAUCAUGA